GGAGGCUGCGAGCGCCGCCGCCGGAGAAGACCGACGCUCAGCUAGAGCCAGCCCGUGGCGCCCGGGCCUGGCCAGCUGCUUUCCUCCAACCCCGCCGCCGCUGCUGCAGGCACUGCAAAGGCGGGCACAGCGGAACGCUAGGCCAGUCGGCCCUGCCCGGCCCGGCGCGGCCCGGAGCAGCGGCGCGGGAGGUUCCCCAGGAAGCCUUUCCUUUCCACUGUGGUUUUGGGAGCAUGAAGGUGUUGCUUACUCCUUUUGUCUGGUUCACUGUGUGUAAGAUGGGAGUGUCUGCUGAUGGCUUGGAGUGCUGUCUGCUAGAAUAGGAAGAAUAAAAUUAAGGACCUCUGCUGUGGACCAUGAGACGGUAAUGUCCACUGAGGACCUCUGGGAGCCAUGUCAGACGAAUCCGCCUCAGGGAGCGAUCCAGACCUGGACCCAGACGUGGAGCUGGAGGAUGCGGAAGAGGAGGAGGAGGAGGAGGAGGAGGUGGCAGUGGAGGAGCAUGGCAGGGAUGAUGAGGAAGACCUGCUGGAUGACCCAUCCCUGGAAGACAUGUGUGGCACUGAGUGUGCCCAGCUGGGGGAAGAUGGGCAGCGGCCACCGCGGUGCACUUCAACUACCUCAUCUCAGUCUGAGCCUUCAGAGCAGCUUAGGCGCCACCAAGGCAAGAGCCUAGCCUCCGAGGACCCCAAAAAGAAGAGAGCUCAGAAGCCCUCCCACAUGCGGAGAAACAUACGAAAGCUGCUCCGGGAGGAUCAAUUGGAGCCAGUUACCAAAGCGGCACAACAGGAAGAAUUGGAAAGGAGGAAACGCCUGGAGCAGCAGAGGAAGGAUUACGCAGCCCCCAUUCCCACCGUUCCCCUGGAGUUUCUUCCCGAGGAAAUUGUCCUAAGAGCAAGUGAUGGUCCCCAAUUGCCUCCCCGGGUCUUGACCCAAGAGGUCAUUUGUUUGGACAGUAGCAGUGGCAGUGAGGAUGAAAAAAGCAGUCGAGAUGAGGUGAUUGAACUGAGCUCUGGAGAGGAGGACACUCUACACAUCGUGGACAGCAGUGAGUCUGUCAGUGAGGAGGAUGAGGAAGAGGAGAAGGGUGGCACCCAUGUGAAUGAUGUCUUAAAUCAGCGCGAUGCUCUGGGACGGGUCCUCGUCAACCUGAACCACCCUCCGGAGGAGGAGAACGUCUUCCUGGCCCCACAGUUGGCACGGGCAGUGAAACCUCAUCAGAUUGGUGGGAUCCGGUUCCUAUAUGAUAACCUGGUUGAGUCCCUGGAGAGGUUUAAGACCAGUAGUGGCUUUGGCUGUAUCCUGGCCCACAGCAUGGGUUUGGGGAAAACUUUACAAGUGAUCUCUUUCAUCGACGUCCUCUUCCGCCACACGCCAGCCAAAACUGUCCUUGCCAUUGUGCCGGUUAAUACUCUUCAGAAUUGGCUGGCAGAGUUCAACAUGUGGCUCCCAGCUCCUGAAGCCCUUCCAGCUGACAACAAGCCUGAAGAAAUCCAGCCUCGGUUCUUUAAAGUUCACAUCUUGAAUGAUGAGCACAAGACAAUGGCAGCUCGUGCUAAAGUGAUGGCUGAUUGGGUGUCAGAGGGCGGGGUGCUGCUGAUGGGGUAUGAAAUGUACAGACUCCUCACCCUGAAGAAAUCCUUUACCACAAGUAGACCGAAGAAAACCAAGAAACGUUCUCACCCAGUUAUCAUUGAUUUGGAUGAGGAAGAUCGGCAGCAGGAGUUUCGGAGAGAGUUUGAGAAGGCCUUAUGCCGUCCUGGUCCUGAUGUGGUGAUCUGUGACGAGGGACACCGCAUCAAAAACUGCCAGGCCAGCACCUCACAGGCCCUGAAGAACAUUCGCUCUCGCCGCCGGGUGGUGCUGACCGGGUACCCCCUGCAGAACAACCUCAUCGAGUACUGGUGCAUGGUGGACUUUGUGCGCCCAGACUUCCUUGGGACCCGGCAAGAGUUCAGCAACAUGUUUGAGCGCCCCAUCCUGAAUGGACAAUGUAUCGACAGCACACCUCAGGAUGUCCGCCUCAUGCGGUACCGGAGUCACGUCCUGCACAGCCUCCUGGAGGGCUUUGUGCAGAGGAGAGGCCACACUGUGCUGAAGAUUCAUCUCCCUGCCAAGGAAGAAAAUGUGAUCCUGGUGCGACUCUCCAAGAUCCAGCGCGAUUUAUAUACGCAGUUCAUGGACCGCUUCCGCGACUGUGGUAGCAGUGGCUGGCUGGGGUUGAACCCCCUCAAGGCCUUCUGUGUGUGCUGCAAGAUCUGGAAUCACCCCGAUGUGCUGUAUGAAGCCCUUCAGAAGGAGAGUUUGGCUAAUGAGCAGGACUUAGACGUGGAAGAGCUUGGUUCAGCAGGAACAAGUGCCCGCUGCCCAUCACAGGGAACAAAAAGCAAGGGAGAGGAUAGUACCUUGGCCUCUGCAGUGGGAGAGGCGACAAAUACCAAGUUCCUACAGGGGGUCGGCUUUAACCCUUUCCAGGAGCGAGGCAACAACAUUGUCACAUACGAGUGGGCCAAGGACCUUUUGACUAAUUAUCAGACAGGUGUCUUGGAGAACUCUCCCAAGAUGGUACUGCUUUUCCACCUGAUUGAGGAAAGUGUGAAGCUUGGUGACAAGAUCCUCGUGUUCAGCCAGAGCCUUUCCACCUUGGCUCUAAUCGAGGAGUUCCUAGGGAAACGAGAAGUGCCCUGUCUACCUGGUGCUGAGGGUCAAGGAGUACAGAAGUGGGUUCGAAACGUCAGCUACUUCCGACUAGAUGGUAGCACCCCUGCUUUUGAGAGGGAACGCCUCAUUAAUCAGUUCAAUGAUCCCAGCAACCUCACCACCUGGCUGUUCCUUCUCUCCACAAGAGCUGGAUGCUUGGGUGUAAAUCUGAUUGGUGCCAACCGAGUGGUGGUGUUUGAUGCUUCCUGGAACCCUUGCCAUGAUGCUCAGGCAGUAUGUCGGGUAUACCGUUAUGGCCAGAAAAAGCCCUGUCACAUCUAUCGCCUUGUGGCUGAUUUCACCCUUGAAAAGAAGAUCUAUGACCGUCAGAUUUCCAAGCAGGGCAUGUCAGAUCGGGUGGUGGAUGAUCUCAAUCCGAUGCUGAACUUUACUCGGAAAGAGGUGGAGAACCUACUGCACUUUGUUGAGAAGGAGCCAGCUCCCCAAGCGUCCUUGAACAUAAAGGGGAUCAAGGAACCAGUCCUGCAACUUGCCUGUCUGAAGUACCCUCACCUCAUCACCAAGGAGCCUUUUGAGCAUGAGUCAUUGCUCCUUAACCGAAAGGAUCACAAGCUGACCAAGGCUGAGAAAAAAGCAGCAAAGAAAAGCUACGAGGAAGACAAACGUACAUCAGUCCCCUACACCCGCCCAUCAUAUGCACAGUAUUACCCUGCCAGUGACCAGAGCCUGACCAGCAUCCCCGCCUUCAGUCAGAGGAACUGGCAGCCGACACUGAAGAGUGACGAGAAGCCUGUGGCCAGUGUUCGUCCUGUACAGUCCACCCCCAUCCCCAUGAUGCCCCGGCAUGUCCCACUGGGAGGCAGUGUAAGCGCUGCCUCCAGCACAAAUCCAGCUAUGAACUUCCCAAUCAACUACCUGCAACGCGCGGGAGUCCUUGUGCAGAAGGUGGUCACCACAACAGAUAUUGUUAUUCCUGGACUCAACAGCUCCACAGAUGUACAGGCAAGAAUUAAUGCUGGUGAAAGCAUCCACAUCAUCCGUGGAACAAAAGGAACAUAUAUCCGCACGAGUGAUGGAAGAAUCUUUGCUGUCCGGGCAACUGGCAAACCAAAAGCCCCUGAGGAUGGUCGGAUGGCUGCCUCAGGUUCCCAGGGGCCUUCUCUCGAGUCCACAAGCAACGGCAGACACAGUGCCUCAUCACCCAAAGCCCCCGACCCUGAGGGGCUGGCCAGGCCCGUCUCUCCAGACAGCCCGGAAAUCAUCAGUGAGCUCCAGCAGUAUGCAGAUGUGGCUGCUGCCCGGGAAUCCCGUCAGAGCUCCCCAAGCUCCAAUGCCACCCUGCCUGGCCCCCCGGCUCAACUUGUGGACAGCAGUACUGUUCCUGGGACAGCUCUUGGGACUGAGCCUCGACAUGGGGGUCAUUGCCUCAAUAGUUCCCUCUUGGGGACUGGCCAGCCCUGUGGUGACAGGCACCCAGUGUUGGACUUAAGGGGCCACAAACGAAAGUUGGCCACACCACCUGCUGCCCAGGAGUCAACCCGCCGGCGGUCCAGGAAGGGCCAUCUGCCAGCCCCCGUGCAGCCGUAUGAACACGGGUAUCCAGUUUCUGGCGGGUUUGCCAUGCCACCCGUCUCCUUAAACCAUAACCUCACCCCACCCUUCACCUCCCAGGCUGGGGAGAACACCCUGUUUAUGGGCACUACCCCCUCCUACUACCAGCUGUCCAAUUUGCUGGCAGAUGCCCGCCUGGUAUUUCCAGUGACUACUGACCCUCUGGUGCCAGCAGGCCCCGUCAGUUCCUCUUCCACGGCUACCUCAGUCACUGCCAGCAACCCCUCCUUCAUGCUCAACCCCUCUGUACCAGGGAUACUACCCAGCUACUCACUCCCAUUCUCACAGCCACUCCUGUCCGAGCCGAGGAUGUUUGCGCCUUUUCCUUCCCCUGUCUUGUCCAGCAACCUUUCACGGGGCAUGUCUGUCUACCCAGGCUACAUGUCCCCACAUGCAGGCUACCCAGCUGGCGGCCUUCUCCGGUCCCAGGUGCCUCCUUUUGACUCUCAUGAGGUUGCUGAGGUGGGGUUUAGCUCCAAUGAAGAUGAGGAUAAGGACGAUGAUGUGAUAGAGGUCACUGGGAAAUAGCUGGGGAGCCCCUCUCCACCUCACUCAGGGCCCCCAGCAGGUUGCCCACCAAGAUGGAAGGCAGCAAUCUGGGCUUUCUGAGAAUGGCGCACUUGGCAGGAGGGAAAAGGAGGAGAACAAAGAGGGGUGGUUGACCAUAGGUAGCAGGGCUCUGUUGCUGUUUAAUGAAAGAGGAAAAAAAAAAAAAUCCAACAGAG